AACUUAUUGACCCACGCGCUUGACUUAAUAUAGAAGAAGUCGAUGACUGUGUAGGGGUGACCGAUUUCCCCAAUUAGAGGCAAACCCUCGUUCCGAAAUCGCGACACCGCGCUUACCUCAUGGCCGCCUCUUCUUCCUCUCUCUCCUCCGAUUCUUCCUCUCACCGUCGCAGGCGUCACCACCGUAGUCGCCGAGACCGCGACAAGGACUCCCUCAAGAUCCGAAAAAAAACCAAGUCUCACUCCCAAUCCAAACGGCGUCGCAAGCAUCACCGCCACUCUUCCGAUUCCGAUGCAUAUUCUUCAUCAUCCCUCUCUGAUUACUCCAGAAGUGAGAGUUCUUCUGAUAGUGAGCAUGAAACAUCUCAUCGUACAAAGAAGCACAAAAAGAGCGACAAACCUAAGAAGAAUAAGGAAAAGGAACGAAGUAAAAGUCAUCGCCAUAAGAGACAAAAGCACAACCUAAAAGAGAAACAGAGUGGUGAAAGGAGCAGCAGCCCUGUUCAGCUUUCAAAGUUUUUAGGGCGCAAAAAAGAUGAUGGCGUCCGUCGCAGUGCUGUAUCUGGCAAGAAGAUUCUUCUCAAACUGGAUAAAACAAAGGAAGAUAAGGAGGCCGAGAGCAAGAGAAAUGAACUGCUAAACUUUUUGAAUGCUAGUUUUGAUUAGCAUUGAGAAGGUAUAGAUUUGUUGGAGAGUUCAACAAAAUCAGCAAAAAAACCAAUUUUACCAUCUUGGGUGCUUAAUUAUUUUGCUAUUAUCAGAACCAAGCAAUCUACCGUUACAUGUGGGUGGGUUGUGGUUAAAUUGUGUUUAUAACUGAGACUGAUUGAGUUUAUGGAUUCUUCUUUCAUGGAUUUGGUGAUGAGCUUUUGUAGGAUGACAACGUUUUACAUGAAUCAAAUGAUGUUAUAAUAUUGAAUCAAAACUAUAUUUCUGUCCA